AUGGAGUUGGGCGAGCUGCUCUACAACAAGUCCGAGUACAUAGAAACGGCAUCGGGGAACAAAGUUAGUCGACAGUCGGUGCUGUGUGGAAGCCAGAACAUCGUUCUCAAUGGCAAGACCAUUGUGAUGAAUGACUGCAUUAUCCGAGGUGACCUGGCCAAUGUGCGAGUUGGACGCCAUUGUGUCGUGAAAAGUCGUAGUGUCAUAAGGCCGCCAUUCAAGAAAUUCAGCAAAGGAGUUGCAUUCUUUCCUUUACACAUCGGGGACCAUGUUUUUAUUGAGGAAGACUGUGUGGUCAACGCAGCUCAGAUUGGUUCUUAUGUUCACGUUGGGAAGAACUGUGUGAUUGGGCGCAGGUGUGUGUUGAAAGACUGUUGCAAAAUUCUUGACAACACAGUAUUACCCCCAGAAACUGUGGUCCCCCCGUUCACCAUCUUCUCAGGAUGUCCAGGCCUCUUCUCAGGAGAGCUCCCAGAAUGUACCCAGGAACUGAUGAUUGAUGUCACCAAGAGCUACUAUCAGAAGUUUUUGCCACUGACACAAGUCUAG